AUGCAUGGAUGUCCAAGAGCGACUAAACGAGACAAUGAAUCUCUACUUAGUGGCCACCUUGACCGUGUCACGUGUGACUUCAAGAAGACCUUGCAGGCAGUAAGAGGCCGCUGGUAUAUAAAUGGAGCGGGAUGCUACCCUUGGCACACUGAAAUCUACUCUAUCAACAUGUUCUUGUUUGGAAUAAACCAUGAGAAAAAAGCCCCAGACUACUACAGACCACCUCCGACCGGGUUCUAUGGCAUUCCCGGGACGUAUUCAGGUCCAGUCAUUCCCAUCCUGAAGGACGAGCGUGAGGGACCUGAUGCGUCUGGAGUAUACAGCUUCGAGUUCGAGACUGGCAAUGGCAUUAAGCGUGAGGAACAAGGUGCCCCUCAAGGACCGUCUGGCGCAGUUGCAAUGCAAGGAGGAUGGUCUUUCACUUUCCCCGACGGCUCCCCCGCCGAUGUCUCUUUCGUCGCCGACGACGCUGGUUAUCGCGUCGAGUCCAGUCUGCUGCCCACGCCCCCUCCCCUCCCCGCCCACGCCAUCGCCCAGAUCGAGAAGGCUCGUCGGGAGGACGCAGCUGCUGCCGCCUUGAGCGGGCGUUACUCUGCCCCACGGACUAGCUAUGGAUACCCAUGA